UCAUGCUGAAAACCAUGUCUGACGAUCACCCUCUCGCAAUUCUUCACCAGGAUUAUGUUAAAUGUGUUGAAUUGACGGAUGUUUUUGUAUCAGUUAUACAGUGUAAAAAGCAGACUGCAUCUGUCGUCAAGGCGCUUUGUGAGGAUUUUCCUUUAGAAAAUUUACAACAUUUGAAAAGAGUAAGAUCGUGCAUUUCCAAAGAUGGUUCAUUGCAAGUAGUAGUAUGCCAGGGCAAAACACAAGAAGAAUUUGAUGCAGUUUUGUCUGAUGUCAAAUAUAGCUGUCUUGGAAAACCUUUCUUGACGAAAGUGCCAAAACUGAAACCUUUAACAAGAAAGCAGUUUGAGGAGUGUAAGCUAUACUGGCCAGUAACAUUUCAUGAAAACAAAAGAAUUACAAAACUGAUAAACUUGUCUUACUUUUCUAAAGAUGAAAUACAUAAAAUACAAAGCCACAUGAAAGAGUUAUUUAAUCAAAAUGAAAAAUCAAAGACUGAAAAUGCAGCAUUAAUAGUAGAUCCAAAAGUGAAUACAGUUCUUGCAGUAUCAUGUGAUAGGAGGCAUUUGGAACAUCCUUUACAGCAUGCUGUUAUGUUAUGCAUUGAUAAGGUUGCUCGUUUACAAGGAGGAGGAAUGUGGGAUAUAAAAGAAGAAUGUUGUAUACUGGAAAACAAAUCAAUCAAACAACUGGAAGAAGCCAAUAAUGAAAAACCAGAAAUGUGCCCCAUGCAGUCUGCUGAACAAUAUCUAUGUACAGGAUAUGACUUAUAUGCCACCACAGAACCAUGUGUCAUGUGUGCAAUGGCUUUAGUGCAUUCUAGAAUUGGACGGGUCUUUUAUGUUUUUCCUUAUGAAGAUGGAGGACUUGGUUCAAAAUUUCAAAUCCAUACGGAAAGAGAUUUAAACCAUAACUUUGAAGUUUUCAAAUGUGCUUUGCCUGAAAAAAAAAAUGAUAUAAGAAAAUAAAUAGUACAACAAGGUAA